UAAUCUCAAACCCAAAACUUCAGGGGUAUAAAUAGACUAUUUUUUAGAGGAAGUGCUAUGGCUAAAUCAAUAACACUACAUUACUGUAACCAUCGUUUGGGACUUCCUCCUUUAGAAUCAUAAAGCUAAAUCAAGACAGUUAUUAUCUGUUAUAUUUUUCAGAACUCAGCGACCUAUCCCGCUAUCUAAGAAUAAGAAGGUGCCCAUUAUACCCUCUGUCCCCUUUGUUCCCUAUAAGGGCGAUCCAUGGUUGAUCACCUCUAGAUAGAGUGCGUUGGAUCUGUGAGGACUGCAGGAAUCCAUCCAAAGCUGUCAGUGUCAGGAUGCCACAACCGUGCUUCUUCCACAACGAUGCCCGGAGUUAUGGCAUGCAGGAGAACGUGUACGAGAAGUGGCUGCGAAGGCGUCUGGACUACGCUGUGAUCAGAGAGACGGGCAACCACGCAGCCCCUGGGUUUAUACACACUCUGCUUCACAGCGGCGACUGUCCCAGCGCAGUGACCAGCGAGCUGCGGAAAGAGUUGUGGCAGCAGUGCAAACUCCCUAGCUCCACGUACUUCUCCCAUGGCAUCGUCACUUACAGCUAUCCGGACACGGUCAAAGAGAUUAUGGACUUACGGUUCGCCCAAGAGAAGGCUCAAGGGAAAAUCUACACGCCAAUGUCAUCCAACUUCGAAGGAGCGUACAACAUUUCCUUCCACGAGCUGGCCUCAGCCCCCAACUGGAUGGCGCCGCUCACCGUGACCGACUGCACACGGCCCCACACCCUGGAGACACCGAUGACCUGGCCUUUGGACAAUGAUGGGCCCCCUGGUCUUAUGGCUCGGUGCCCAGACCCGCGUCGAGUGAACGAGCCAGUCUUCCCCAAGUGUUGCCACAACAAGGAGUGUCCCUGCAGCGCCAUCUACUGCCGGGAACCGUUGCCAGAGGCUGUCUACAACCCUGGGCCGAUGGUUCGGGGCGACGCCCUCUUAAAGUGGCGGUGAAAUCAACACCUUCACCGCGGAGACGUUUCCCCUUUUCACUUGAACAUUGUUUAUAAUUCAAGAUGGCCCGCGGGUGGUUGGAGGGCGCCACAGGAAGCUACUCCCUCUUUACUUUCCCUCUGUUGUUUCUGUCUGUUUGUCUGUCUUACUUUUUUUUCCAGUAUUAAAUUACCUUUAUCGUGUCCGCGUGCUUCUCUUUACUCAAAGAAAUUCAAACAAGUCAAGAUGGCCGCCAUUUCCAUAGCAUCGGUGAUGUUCU